CCGUCCUUUCUCCUCGGAUAUCCCAAUUCCCGUCGCCGAGCCCGCCACUGGUUGAGACUACUCGUACCUCAUCUGGAACAUCAUCCCGCAGAACUUGCAAUGCUCUGGACUCUGUUCGUCAGCCUUGUGGCUGCCCUGAUAAAGACAGCAGUCGCCGCCGACGCCAUCUACCGGGAUCCCGACACCGGGCUUGUGUUCACGUCCAACUUCCGGCUGUACAAGGCGGACGGGCGCGGCGUCACCUUCCGCAUCGCCAUUCCGGACGAUGCUCAACAAUACAGCGCGUACGACGCCGUCGUCCAGAUGGUGGUGCCCAACGAUGUCGGCUGGGCGGGUCUUGCCUGGGGCGGCACGAUGCCCAACAACCCGCUGCUGGUGUGCUGGAGAGGAACCAGCAACAAUGUCGUUUUGUCGUCCCGCUGGGCAAGCGGACACUCGUUCCCGCAGGAGUAUUCCGGCGCGCAGUACACGCUCUUCAAGACGGGCACCAAGUCCAACUCGACGCACUGGCAGUUCACGGCGCUCUGCCGGGGCUGCACCUCGUGGACGCCCCCGCCGUCGUCUGGGGGAUCAUCGACGACCCGCUACCUCAGCCCCAGGGGGGGCAACCGGCUGGCGUUCGCCUACUCGCCGACCAGGCCGUCCAACCCCAACAGCCCGUCGUCGAGCUUCUCAGUCCACGAGGUCCACGACUACUGGCAGCACGAUUUCGCGCAGGCGGCGAACCCCAACUUCGCCAACACCGUGUCGAAGCUUGUGUUGUCGUAGGCGAAAGGAUGUUGUGGGAUGGGAUGUGAUAUGAGAUGUGAUGCAUCUGGGAUUGUGUAUACAUACAUGCUACAUGUUGUAAGCUAUGCAAGGAGGGCUUGCAAAGGGUGUGUUGAACCGCAAUGCUCGAGGUCUAGAGGAGGGGUGGCACAGGGGUGGCAUGCUGGAUUUUUAUAGAGUGAAGGGAAGUGGGUUUGAUGGAGGAAGGAGGAUGGAAAGAAGGGAAGUGAGG